CACCCCGCCAUUGGUUCCUCCCAGCCGACCCGCCUCUAGCAACAAGCCCGCUGGCCCCUGAUGCUACCUUUAAUAAGGCAGGAACUAAACUAGCCGCCAGAAGAGAGACGGAAGACGAAAAAGGUUGACAAGCUGCUGUCAGUGCUCUCCCAAUAGCGAAGCCGAGCAAAGCGCAGGGGCGGACACUGUAUUGGAAACGCAAGAAGAAAGCUUAAGGAUCAGUUUUACCGGUUUUAACAGUGCUUGUUGUAUCCGUCCACACACACACACCGUCAUGCUUUGGGAUCAAUGAGCGUACAGAGAGACACCAGUGCGUAAAGUUGCCGAGUCGAUUCGCACGUCUCCAUCUUCCACUGUGAGCGUUAUUACUGUGGUUUUCGGUGGAUCGUUCCGUUCCCGAGGUCCCGGACCCACCACACUGUCUUUGUCUGUGGAUGAGCGGGGCUUGCUAAAUGGUAAGAUUUGCAGCGGAGUGCUGCUGGGAGACACUGGAGGAGUCACUGUGAACGUGCCACAUGCGUGUGGGAGAUAUGGAUUUGCUUUUGCCAUAGCGAAAAUUUCCCACGUUUUUUUUUUUUUUUUUUUUGGAAAUUUGAAAUCUAAUUUAUUUUUCAUUUUCUGACUGUGCGUUUUGUUUCUUUUUUUUUGGAUAUUGUUAGAUUUUUUUGACCCAUCAACGACCGCAGAGAUUUCAAGACUCAUCGUGCGGAAUUACAACCAUGAACUUUGUUGUCAGUUUUGUAAAAAUCCUUGUGGUAGCGGUUCUUCACCUGUCCAUCGUAAAGACAGCCAGCAUCAACAAGGGAGUGGAGAAGAGCACAAAUGAGGUUAUCCUUCUCACAGAAGUCAUCACCAAGAGCAUGUGUCAGCCGAGGGAGGUGCUGGUGGACAUCUAUCAGGAGUAUCCGGAGGACACCGAGCACACCUAUGUCCCUUCCUGUGUGGUUCUCAAUCGCUGUGGAGGCUGCUGCUCUGAUGAAGCGAUGGAGUGUGUACCCACGGAAACCCGCAACAUAACAUUGCAGGUAAUGCGCUUCAGACAAAUGAUAACACAACAUACUAUUCAUCUAAGUUUCACAGAGCAUACAAAAUGUGUUUGUAGACCAAAGCCAGAUGUUCACACAAAAAAACAAUACCACUGUGCGCCUUGCUCAGAGAGAAGAAAGCGCUUGUUUGUGCAGGACCUUCUCACCUGUAAAUGUUCCUGCAAAUUCACACAAUUAGACUGCAAGUCCAGACAACUUGAGUUAAACGAAAGAACUUGCAGAUGUGACAAACCAAGGAGAUGAGACCAGCAACACUGUUAUGAAGGAAUUCUUUCUUGGCACAGCACUUUGAAACCUAAGGAUGCAUUCCCUGCAAGGACACGAAAUGACAACGCAAGACAGGACAUUUUGGAUGCAGGUCUUGCCACUGUCUGUUUUCUGCCUAAAGAUAUUAAUAUAUUUGUACAUAUACUAUUAUAAGUACAUCAACAAUAUGUAUUGCUGCUACGUAUAAAGACACUAUUUAAAGCUGAACGAAUGCGCCACUGGCGUGUGAAUCUUGUUUCAAUGGCGUCCUGCUUAUGGGUAGCGUUAGUAGGAGAAAACUUUUAUUUUAUGUGACACUUCACUGGAUGCUGGUCUGCUGUGCGUAUGACAUAAUUUCUUAGUUAAAAAAAAAAAAAUCUGGUGACCACAGCUUCAUUAAGAGGUUCAAGCCGAACUUGCGUCCAAGCUCUGACAGAGUCCGAGGGGGGACAGAGGGAGGACAAGAAGGCGGAGGAACACCUGUUGUACUUGAACUGAAAUGCAAAUCCACAAACUGUUUCCCUCUGUGACAUGAUGUGAAGUUUUGUCUCCACUGUACGGGCUGACUCCAGUUAGUGUGUGAAUACGCCUAAAAGUCAGAGUUUCCUGAAGCGACUGUGGACACGUAAAGUGGUGACGGAUAAUGUGAAGAUGACUUCCUCUCCUUAUGGAAGGGUUAUGUGAUGAUGAACUGGACUAAAGGUUAGCUAAUGGGGAAAUUUUGGCAAGUAACAGGAUGUUAGAAUUUGGUGAGGGUUAGGCCUGUCAGAGGUUUCCAUCAGGGUUAAGGCAACAAGCCACUACCUGGUUCUAGUCCUGCAUUGUUCAUGUAACCCUCCCCUGGUGGGAAAUUUGAUUUGUCUUUCUUUUUGUGCACAAAGUUUAUUUACAUUUUGAAGUAUUGUAUUCCUUUCACAAAAUGUCUUGAGACCAGGCUGUCUAAAGGGAUACUGUAGGUAUAUACAGAGACAAAAAGUAAAUAGAUGAGCUGAUCAAGAUCAAAUCAGCACCUCACAUUAGAAAUCCGCAACCUUCCUUAUUUCCAUUUAAUGGCUUUGUGUGUUUUCCAAAGAAAUAGUCAGGCAUCCAGAACAGAGAUGUUUAUAAUAAACAAUCUGUAUAUACUUACUAGAUAUCCCUUUGUCUAGUACACUACAUUUAUUUAUAGAAUAUGUUCAGUAUUCUGAAUUAUGAUAUUUAUAUGCAGUGUUAUGGUUAUUUUUGUUUGUACUGCUCAAUUGUUUUCAAUCCCUUUUGAUGUGGGAAAAAGGACUGAAAAACAAAACUUUGACAUUCCUGAUUUAGACUAAAGCUGUGUUUCUCACCAGCCGGAGGGGGAUCAUGGUGGGCCUACUGACCGAUAGAAACCCCAGUCACUAACAUGUGCGUGCAUGACGUGCCAACACAGGUGUUUUUAAUUUUUAACUGGGGGUGAUGGACAUGUGGUUUUGCACUUGUGGGCCCGAAGACACGUCAUUCGGAGGACUGGAGUCUUAUUGCUGCUGCUUAGCUUGGACCUAAUUUAGUGAAGACUGUCCGGUCAGACUGAGGCAUCUAGUCUAGGGGUGGUAAACUGGUAGAGUGUUUUCUUUGACUUAAACUCGGGUGUUAACAUAACAUCCUCGCUCUCUAUUCAAUGCCUUUGAGAUUAUAACACGUGGACAGGAAUUAGUCAUUCAAGCAAAAUUUAAGUAAUUUUAGUGUUCCUUAGGAGAACCAAAAUAAUCCUAGAAAAUACUGUAAACACAUGCCAAAAGUAACACUGUAUUAAUAGCUAAAACCUUAAAUGCAAUAUAUUUAUACUUCUCGUUUUUUUUAUUGUUAUAAAUCAAAGCGUUACACUGUCCUUUAUUUAUUCCACAUAGCAGUAUCUGUGCACUCAGAAGGCAAAGUUGGCCAAUGAGUAAAAGUAGGAGUGCUAUAAUAAAAAUGCCCAUUGUAUACUGUAUGUCACAGUGAGUGUGAGGAGCACAAAGACAACUGAAUUAAUUACUUAUGGGCAUAUGUACACAAACACACAACUCCCUGACAGGAUCAGCCACAACAACCUGUAACUUCAGUUCUUACUGUAGUGACAUUGACACUUCAGAAAAUGAAUGACUAAUUUGUGUGCACAAGUUAUUGACUCAAAUGUGUGAAUUAAUUAAUUCUUCUACCUGCAAGGCUCUGAACAAUAACUGGCAUUUUUUUCUCAUAAUGAUAUCUGAGUUCUGGUUAGAACCAGUUGUACCAGUGCUGUUCAUAUGAACUGAACUUCUGUGUUGCCACCCUCCUAGAGGCCUGAGACUGUGUUCACUGAGAGUGGCUGCUGGUUCAGCACCUGCAAUUCCCCAGUCCUCUGAUAAUGACAACAUUCUAUUUGUAUUUAAAUGACCGACUGUUCUUGAGUUUGUACAGCCACGCAUUUUUAGUAUAUUUUCACAUUAAUAUAUUUAUUGGUGCUGUAAAAUGUUUAACAAUAUUAAUACUCAUUUUGUUGCUUUUAGUGUAACUAUUAAAACAUAUUUAUUUUGAAAAUACAUAGAUUUUUCUUAUUAAAUGUUAACUUGUUUGAAAGCA